AUGGGGUCUGGAACGGGCAAGAGAGUGUUGAAGUAUAACCAAGCUAGAAUCUGUCACAAAUUCAUGACCCUUGACCUUCCAUCAUGCCCAGGCACUCCGGUGGCUCACGUCACAGCCACUGACCACGACGACCCUCUGGAGGGCAGCAACGCACGUCUCGUCUACUCGCUGGAGAAGAACGUCAUAGACGAAGCAUCCGGUAGGCCCAUCUUCACGGUAGACAGCCAGCUGGGCCUCAUCACGACAGCCAUCUGCUGCCUGGAUAGGGAGAAGGCCCAGCGCUAUGCCAUCCAGGUGGUGGCUACCGAUGGAGGGGGACUUAAGGGCACGGGAACGGUGCUGGUGGAGGUCGGGGACACCAACGACACCCCUCCCAAGUUCUCCAAGGAGGAGUGGCUGCUGCAGGUGCCGGAGACCCGCGCCCCUCGCCUCCCCCUCGCCUUCCUCAGCGUCCUCGACCAAGACAUAUGCAACAACUUCACCUUCAGGGUGGUGCCCGACAGUGGGCGUGGGUGGCAGAUGUUCCGGGUGGAGGUGGGCGGCCCUGAGGGCGUGCUGUGGGCGGAGGAACCUCUGGACUAUGAGAACCCAGACCACAGGAGAGGCUUCCAGUUCCAGAUCCAAGUUACUGAUAGGGGGGAAGCCGGCUGGAGGAACCCCGCCUUCGUGGACAGCGCCUGGGUGAUCCUUCGUGUCUUGGACGACAACGACAACACUCCAGUCUUCAGCGCCCACAGUCAGCGCCUCACCCUGGCCGAGGACACGGCCCCGGGCACCCUCCUCACCUCCUUCGCCGCCUCCGACGCCGAUGGAGGUGGUGAGGGCCGCGUGCUGUUCCUCAUAUCUCCUCGGAGUGACCCGGAGGGACGGUUCGGUAUUAAUGGGUUCGGUGCGGUCCAGCUGGCCCGGAGUCUGGACCGAGAGACCGCCAGCAACCACACAGUCUUGGUCCUGGCCGUAGAUGACGGAGUGCCUCAACGAACUGCAACUGCUACUCUGACG